UCCUCUUUCUUCCCUUCUUUGCCCCCCCCCCUCCAAGGUAGUCCACAUGGAGAGAAGGGUCGCCACGCUUUGAGCCCCCCCUCCUCCACCCUCCUUGUAUUUCGUAACGAUGUGGAUGCAGCAGUGUUGGGGGACCAGGUCAGGUUAUCCUGUACGAAGCCAUGCUUGGAUUUUAAUAGCCAUGUUCCGACUUGCCAUGGAUUUCACCUCUUGUGAUUCUUUGGGCCAAGGCCAUAGACCGCCCUUGUUGCAAAGACCCACGCCCCACUAUGGAUUGCCUCACGGCCCGUUGUGGAGUCUUAGACCUGGACAACAAGCGAGGAACUAUCUCUUACCCUCUCUAGAAAAAUCUAGCGGGCAACCGUCCAAAACAUAUCAUUCCAAAAGGCUACACAAAGCCGCGGACCUACUCUGGAAAAGCGGGCGGCCCGAACGCUUGCCCUUGGUCAAAUGGGGACCUUUCCUGCUGGCGUCCGGGAGAACAGAUUCCUUGAAACGGAGGCGGAGGUAUCUCCGGGCCAUUGGCAAGCCCACCAUGGAGCCGGAGGUGAUUGUCUGGGGAUCUACCAGUCCGUUGGAUCCCCUCGAAAGCAGCACCUUCCCAGGGAUUUAUGGGAGCACCACCGUCUCGGUUUUGCAACGCACCACCAGGACCACCACCACCGCGACCACAUCCACCACCACGUUCACCACCACCACUGCUUCCACCACAGUCCAGCCCAAAGGGCCUGGCCCUGGAUUUGGCACCCCCAGGAACAACCCGGGUGGGCUUAGCACAAUGAGACCGCCAUCCACUUCUGACGGCAACCGGAAAGAGGUCGACGCUUCACCGCCUAAGAUGCCAGGAGACAAUUCAGGUCUGGCUGUCCAUCAGAUUAUCACCAUCACCGUCUCUCUCAUCAUGGUCAUUGCUGCUCUGAUCACGACGCUCGUCCUAAAAAAUUGCUGUGCUCAAAGUGGGAACACGCGGCGGAACGGCCACCAACGCAAAAUCAACCAGCAGGAAGAAAGCUGUCAGAACCUGACGGACUUCACCCCGGCCCGAGUGCCCAGCAACCUGGACAUAUUCACAGCCUACAACGAAACUCUCCAGUGCUCCCAUGAGUGCGUGAGGACACCCGUGCCGAUCUACACGGAGGAGACCAUCCUCUCCCCGGGGGAUUAUAAGGCAUCCUUCAAUGGGAGCAGACCCUCCUCUUCCGACCGGCACCUCAUUCCUGUGGCCUUUGUUUCUGAGAAAUGGUUUGAAAUCUCCUGCUGACCAGACGAAGUCUAUUUUACUUCCUGGGGGCGGGGCAGACGCCAUGUGUCUUUUUCCUGGAUUCCAUUGGUGAACCUGUAAAAAGCAAAUUCAGUGAAUGGGUGACCUAUCCCUACCAUUUUUUGCGUUUACUGAUGGAAGACUCAAAGAGCAGCCAAAUAUAUUUUUAUAUAAUUAUAAGCAGAGAGAGAGAGAGAGAAAAAAUAUCGGGAUUUGCCCCAACCUGUGAUGGCAUUUUUUCGUGUGUGUGCGGACUGGGUUAUUUUUCAUGGGAGGGAUGAGGAAGGAAAUUGCGAGCAAAGAGAAACUGCGCGGAGAGAAGCGAGGACCGAGCCACGGCUUCCACUCGGGACGCCUGGACUGUGAAUACAUAUUUCUUUCUGAACCUGUGCCAAUAAUAAUACCAUUAUGUGCCAUGAAUCGCCCGGGGGGUUGGGUUGGGAAGGAUCUCGAGAAGAUUGAAGACGCGCCAAACUCUACGGAAACCGAGGGGAUAUCUCUUCAGUAUUUCUUGUUAUUAUACAUACAUGCAUAUACAUAUAUAUAUAUAAGAUGAUCUAUAUAUAUAUAUCUAUCUAUAAAUAUUUGUACUGUAGCAAAUUUUUGG